AUGUCCGGCAGGGGUAUUAAGGUUCGAGUAACGUCAUCUGACUGCGAUUCAAGCGUAUCAAGAGCGAAUAUUCGGCUACUGCGACCACCAUGGUAUGACGAAUUGAUGGCUACGCUUGAGUCGCGAAACAAUAAAGCCGGGUAUAUAGACAACCCAUUCUUAACUGAGUUCAACUACUGCACUACAGACGGCGAUGACGUCACCGUUGAUGACGUCGUCGACGAAUGGUUUGGUUCCGAAUAUACCUCUCUCACCAGAGAACUUCAUCACCUUUCUUGCUCUCCGGCAGCAACACGUACAACAACAUUUCCAAGGACAUCCGAGCAGAGGCCAACACUUUUGGGUAGCUCGGCCAUCAACCACAUGACUGAAGAAAUGAUUGUUCGCAAGAGAGCGGAUGCUAAAGACGCGCCGCUACAUAACGCGGAAGGGUAUUACAACAACUGA